UGGUGCGUGAAGGGACGGCCAAUCUAAUUAGAGAUAUUUAUUAUUUACCAAAAAUUAAUAAUAAUAAUAUGCAGAGAUAUUCAACAAUAAUAUUUUCCUUUUUUUUUUGAAGGGGUUACAAUUACUUCCUUUAAUCCUUACAAUUUUCUGUUCUCAAAAAAAAAACACACGCACUUUCAGAGAAUAUAGUAUUAUUUAUUUAUAUAUAUUUAGGAAUUUUUUUUUUUUUUUGUAAUUUUUCAUUUUGCCAAUGUGGAAAUAAAAUUUGAAAAAAAAAGUAUUUUGUGAAAGUUUAGAUCUAAAGAUUUAAAUUUAUAACCUGCUUAUAAUUUAGUUUUGAAAAAAAAAAUAUCUGUAGAGGAUAUUCUUACUGAAAUCAUUUCUUAUCUUAAAAUAAAAUGUGUGUAUAUAGUUUUCAAAGAAUAAUUAAAAAUAAAUAAUAAUUAUUGAAUCUUUUUAAUAAGAAAGUGAGAGAGAGAGAAAGAUUGAUUCCAUCAAAGCGGGUGAAUCGGAUGAUAUUUGGGUUUGGGUGCACUUUUCUGGCUCUUUCCGAAGAAUACCUUUCUUUUUAUUGACCAUUACACAAUAUUCAUAUUCCAUUUUCAUUUUCCAAACUUAUAUUUAUAUAAAUAUAAAAACACUCUUUUCUUUCCCUCUCUACUCUCUAUACUUUUUCUAGGGUUCUUUUCUUCUUCUUCUUCUUCUCUCCCAAAACCCCCCAAAUCUACAUUGUACUACUCUUCUCAACUCUUCAAUGGCAGCCUCCGCUUCUUCGUCCUCUUCUUCUCACGGUUUUCCCGAGAAUUCAAUGCCGAUCAUUGCACCUUCUUCAUCAUCAUCAUCUGUACCGUUACCUUCGGAUGACAACUUUGAAGAUGAAGAAGACUCUUGUAGUAUCUGCCUUGAGCCUUUCAACUCACACGAUCCUGCUACUAUUACGACCUGCAAACACGAAUAUCAUCUCCAUUGCAUUCUUGAAUGGUCUCAAAGGAGAAAAGAGUGCCCAAUAUGCUGGCGGUUACUUUCCUUAAAGGAUUCUGUUAGCCAAGAGCUUCUGUCUGCAGUUGGAAAGGAAAGGCAUUUAAGGUCAAAGAGUAUUGAAAGGCCUAUAUCGAGGCCUGCUGAUUUUGGAGUGAUUUAUGAUGAGGAAGAUCUUGAUUCUGACCCUGAACUCGGAUUAGUGUUCGAUGAGCCUUUCAUGCGGCAUCUAGCUGUUGCUGUGCAAAGACAUGAGCUUCGGGAAAGUAGACAGAUACUUAGACAUUCUGGACUUGAUGGCUCCCAUGGAAACAGUGAGGACCAUACACAUACAACAUCUUCAUCUGUAACCCCACCUGCUCUUAAUGCUCAAUCGUCUCAUGUGGAGCCCAGAACCGAUAUAAAUAGUGGUGUUCCCAAGCCCAAUGUUCUAUAUAGUCAGCCACCGUCUGUUCGUCCACAGAGACCAAGUCCCCCAUCUGAAACAUCCACUUUAUCGGACUCACUUAAAUCUAAGUGGUCUGCUGCUUCGGCCAGGUACAAGGAAUCACUAUCGAAAAGCACCAAAGGCCUUAAGGAGAAGCUACUUGCUCGUAAUAACUGUGUAAAAGAACUAAGUAAAGGAGUACAGCGUGAGAUGAGUGCAGGGAUAUCUGGUGUUGCACGAAUGAUAGAUCGCCUCGAUCUUACCCCAAAAAGAGCUACUGCAGCCAGUCGUGAUGGAGUUGCUUCAAACAUCUCUACAAAGGGUAAAGGCAUGCUAGAGAAUAUGAUUGUUCAAUCUCUUAGUAAAAAUAAUAGUAAGGUUGCAGAUGAAAUGAGUUCAGAUGCAGCAGCCUCUCACCCGUGUAUUGUUAUUCCAGGCAGAGUUGAGGUUUUACAACCACAGAGGAGGGAGCAAUGAAAUGAAUGAUGGUGGGAAGGGAAAAGGUCUCAGAAGAAGAAGAAGAAGAAGAAGAAGAAGAAGAAGAAGAAGGCAGUUACGAUGCAAGUGAUGUAAUAAUGUUGAGAGAUCAAUCCCCUGGUUGGUUAUGCGUCCGGCAUUGCAUACGCCUGUAUAUGCGUUAAGUUAGAUUUUAGAGGCGCUGUGUUGUGUGUGUGUUUUAUUAUGGAUGAUAUUUUAUAAGUGAAUUCUUUUGACAACUUGUUUGCUUUCCAUUGUUUUGAACAUUUGAACAAUUAAGUGUAGGUGCUUUAUUGUUUUGCGGUAUUGUGAUAAAUGAUAUAAGUAUAUAUUUAUGUUUUUUUGUUAAUAAA